GGCGCAUUAUUGCCGGUUUAGUGUGGCUUUGAAAGCAAGAAAAUACGUCUUGUGACUUGUGAGUAAGAAAACCCCUAGACUUCUUCAUUCAUUCCCCACUUCUUACCACUUCCAAUCGGAUCUUUCAGGCUCCAAUUUCAGCUCGGAUAUUCUAAUCGGAGAAACUACAAUGAAUAACUUCGUGAAAUCAGUCGGUCUCUGUAAGGUACGGCACUUACUCCAAUCUCCUUCGCCGUCAAUGGCCGCUCGAGCCAUCUCAACUGCUUCUUCUUCCCUACUCGGGCAAUCCUCUAUCCUCAGAAACAAUCUCUCCCCUCAAAAGCCAUCUCCUUUCCUCUACAACUCUUUCCGGCAUUUCCGUAAUGCUCGGGAUCCUAGUGCCAGGCAUGAGAUUUCUCCACCAAUGAACUGGGGAGUUCGGAUUGUGCCAGAGAAGAAGGCGUUUGUAAUAGAGCGAUUCGGCAAGUACGCUAAGACAUUGACUCCUGGAAUUCACGUGCUGAUUCCUUUUGUAGACCGAAUUGCUUAUGUGCAUUCCCUCAAGGAAGAGGCCAUUCAGAUUCCGGAUCAAUCGGCCAUUACCAAGGACAAUGUCAGCAUCCUUAUAGACGGUGUUCUUUACGUCAAGAUAGUUGAUCCUAAACUGGCAUCAUAUGGAGUUGAGAAUCCAUUAUAUGCUGUGAUUCAGCUUGCACAAACAACCAUGCGGAGUGAGCUCGGCAAGAUAACGCUGGACAAGACUUUCGAAGAAAGAGAUACUCUAAAUGAAAAGAUAGUGAUGGCUAUCAAUGAUGCUGCCAGAGAUUGGGGAUUGAAGUGUCUCCGUUAUGAAAUAAGGGAUAUAUCUCCUCCUCGUGGGGUUAGGGCAGCUAUGGAGAUGCAAGCAGAAGCUGAACGUAAGAAAAGGGCUCAAGUUCUUGAAUCAGAAGGGCAAAUGCAAGCGAAUAUUAAUAUUGCAGAUGGAAGGAAAAGUGCUGUGAUCCUUGAAUCAGAAGCUGCAAAAAUGGACCAGGUUAACAGAGCUCAAGGUGAAGCUGAAGCCAUUCUUGCCCGAGCACAAGCAACAGCAAAAGGAAUUGCUGUGGUUUCUCAAUCACUCAAAGAACACGGGGGUGCAGAGGCAGCAAGUCUGAGAAUUGCCGAGCAGUACAUUCAAGCGUUCAGCAACGUUGCAAAGGAGGUGAGGCAAAGUUUUCUCGUUUGAAUUACCAGUAUUGUUGUUCGCAAAAUUUAUGUAUGUAUUCCAAUUCUUCAAAAAUAGGGCACAACACUAUUGCUUCCGACGAGUGCCUCUGACCCAGCAAGCAUGAUUUCUCAAGCUCUUUGCAUCUACAAAGGCUUAGUAACCCAAAAUUCUACUGGCGGGCCCAUUAAGAUCUCUGCAAACAAAGAUGAGCAGACUGUGCAAACUGGAAUUUAUGAUAAAAAGUGGUCCACCACUCAUAAUAAACCUGCCGAUGAGGAUCAGACAAGUGAACCCGUUUUCUCACUUAAUAAAACCCACAACCACAAGAAGGAUUAAAUGGUAUACCGCACAGCUUGGCAAAAUUCUCCGGACUAUUUAGUAUUCUUGUUCUGCCUAAUGUUGAUCGAAGAAGAUUAACAAGAGAAUGACUGCUUUAUACUAGUUGUAAAACCGUUUGAACCAUCACCUUAAUUUUUGGUACAAUGGAAAGGUAGUUAAGCCAUAUGAUCUGAUCUAAGUGUUCUUGAUAUUAAGAUUAUACUUUUAAAUUGGUUGUAUUGAAUCCAAAUCCCUCGGUCGUGCAAAAUAAAAAUUGAUCUUAUGAUGUUCUACUAGA